GUUUACUCCCAGACCAGGUCUCACAGAGUGGAAAUCGAUGCUAUGUGCAUUCUCUUCUUCAAAUUCAACCCAGACGCCAAGGAUCCAGCAGAUUACAAGCUGAUCCUCGCGGCCAAUCGAGAUGAAUAUUAUCACCGACCGGCCAAAUCCGCCCAAUUCUGGUCGCACAACCCUGAGGUUCUCAGCGGACUGGACAUGGAAGAGGGUCGGCAGGGAGGAGCCUGGCUCGGGGUCUCCAGGUCAGGGAGGCUGAGCGGUAUCUCCAACUGCCUACUCCUCCCCCUGCGGCCAGACGCCAAGGGCAAAGGAUGUCUGGUGGCAGAUUUCCUGGCCUCUGAACUUGAUUGCCUCUCCUACACACAAAAAGUAGCCAAGGAAGCGAACCAGUAUAAUGGAUUCAACCUGAUCUGUGCAGAAUUCCAACAGUUCCAAAAAGCUGUGAUGUGUUACUUUAACAACUUCAAUAAUUCCAACCCUGUCUUGUUGGAACCAGGGAUCUAUGGUCUGGGCAAUGCUACGCUGAACACACCCUGGACUAAGCUACUGUAUGGGAAGCGGCUUUUCACUAAUGUGAUUAAUCGGGCGGUCGAGAUCGCAGGAGACAGCUUAACCCAGAGACUGAUGCACAUUCUCAGCAACAAGGAAUCGCAGCUGCCAGACCCGCUGCUAGAGGAGACGCUGCUGACACACAAUUACAUGCAGAAUCACGUGGAGGAAUUCUCCGCACUGUGCGUGGAAUCGCCUUCGAUCGGCACGCGAACACACACUGUGAUACUGAUCAAUGCCAAGGGAGAGGUCACGUUCACCGAGAGGACCUUGGUCAGCAAGGAGACUGCGCAAUGGCAGACCAGCAGCUUCAGGUUCACAAUCCACCCCUGACACCACGGCCUGAACUCAGGAGAGGACAUCCCUCACAGGGACAUCAGGUCUCCUCUUGGGAAUAUUGGGGUUUCUCUCUCAAAUCAGGGAAUUGAAAUUCAGGAGAUGGUGACCAGGGAACAGCGCAUCUCCUUAGAAACUCUCUUCACAUCAGGGAUUAAGCAUCAGGAUGUUACCCCUUUUAGUCCGAACCUCUAUGAAGACCUUUCUUUUCUCUCGUGGAUGUACCAGGACGAGCAGACAGGAGACUUGGCUUAACACUUCCUUCAACAGUGCUGUGGUUAAACCCUUUGUGACAAUGGCUGCAGAUGUGGACCGUGAGCAGCUUUGCUUCAAAGUCACCUGUGGAAGGAACAGAGGGGAUAUAGGCUUACAGAGCUAUACCACUUACUGUGCAUGUUGUACAGUGUUGCAGGCUGUUCUGUACAUGUAUACGGUCCUCUUUGAUACAGGGUAACAUUACUGGACAUGUUGUAUU